AUGACUCAGAUGGGACAUUCCAAGGCCGCAGCAGCCGCGUUGAUCGCCGUCUCCAUCCUCCUCGCGACCGUCAGCAUGUCGAUGGGAGCAGAUGCGGCUGCAGCAGCCAGCGACGUGGUUCCUGCGGAGGUGCGGGUGGGAACGGUGGUGCUCGUGGGCUCGCUCGCUCAACCCGAGCCCGUCUACUUCGACUAUAACCGCUGUGUGCCCGUGCCUGAGAUCGCCAAGGGGGCGAGCAGCGGCGGUGGUGGUAUGGCGGAUGUGCUGGUGUGGUGGGACGUGUUUUCGGAGCGCACUAUGUGCAACGCGGUGCAGCUGUUCGCGUCGCCUGACUGCUCGGGGGCACCCACGGCAAAGUACCAAAAUACGUGGUAUAUGAGUGCGCUCAAGAUGGGCGCAUCAGUGAAGUCCAUCCGCUGCGUUCUCGACAACAUCUGUCGGAAGGCCAAGUGUCCGAAGAACUCCACGUGCAUCAGGACAAAGGACAGCCAGGAGUCCUCUCUUUUCAAAUGCAUCCCCGCAUUACCGUCCUCUGCUGCUUACCGUCAUAUCCCGUUCCACCCGCCUUUUCCCUUGUGCCCCUGUCUUCCCUUCCUCUCCCGCUCCUGUCCCCCUUAUCCCGCUCCUCUCCCCCUUAUCCCGCUCCUUUCCCCCCCUCUCCCGCUCCUCUCCCCCCCCUCUCCCGCUCCUUUCCCCCCCUCUCCCGCUCCUUUCCCCCCCUCUCCCGCUCCUUUCCCCCCCUCUCCCGCUCCUUUCCCCCCCCUCUCCCGCUCCUUUCCCCCCCCCUCUCCCACUCCUUUCCCCCUUAUCCCGCUCCUUUCCCGUUCCAUCCGCCUUCUCCCUUUUGUCCCGUCUCCCCUUCCCCUCUCCCACUUCUAA